UUGCUCGCAGGUCUCGUGACUCUCAUCUCCUCCACCAACAUGAUAACUGCUCUGAGGUUCUCUCUGCUGCUCCUCGGUGUCUCCUUCUCUCAGGGCUUUCUGAACGACUUCUUCGAUGAAGAGGAGCAGGCUGAGCGCGUCGUCCAGGCUUCAAAGUACGGCUCUCUGUGGCCUCUGCCGCAGAAAGUGCAGCUAUCCGAGGUUUCAUUCAAGCUGAACGGCGUCAGCUUCAAAAUAAGCGACGCCAAAGAGUCUACCGCGGGGUCGAGCUGCAGCCUCCUGCAGGACGCCUACCGGAGGUAUUAUGAGUACAUGUUUGGCAGCUUUAAAAGGCAGGAGGGGAGGAAGAGCAGGCGCGCCGGCCCCUCUGAUCUGACCGAGCUGCAGGUGUGGAUCACCUCCUCUGAGUCUGACUGUGACUCUUUCCCCAGUGUGGCUUCUGACGAGUCAUACGAGCUGACCGUGGAUCAGCCGUACGCUGUGCUCAAAGCACCGAAGGUCUGGGGAGCCCUGCACGGUCUGGAAACAUUCAGCCAGUUGGUGUAUGAAGAUGAAAAUGGAGCCAAAAGCAUCAAUUCAACAACCAUCAGCGACUUCCCCAGAUUUGCUCACAGAGGCAUCUUACUGGACAGCUCUCGGCAUUUCCUGCCCAUUAAAGUCCUCUUGGCUAAUCUGGAAACAAUGGCCAUGAACAAAUUCAAUGUUUUCCACUGGCACAUCGUGGACGACACAUCCUUCCCUUACCUGAGCCGAACGUUCCCGCAGCUGAGUCAGCAGGGCGCCUACCACCCGUACACACAUGUGUACACACCCGCCGACGUGAAGAUGGUGAUCGAGUUUGGACGUCUGCGAGGCAUUCGUGUUAUCCCAGAGUUUGACACACCCGGACACACACAGUCCUGGGGCAAAGGGCAGAAAGACCUUCUCACCCCGUGUUACUCUGGCUCUAAACCCUCGGGCACCUUCGGCCCAGUGAACCCCAUCCUGAACACCACCUAUGACUUCAUGAGCCAGUUCUUCAAGGAGGUCAGCACCGUGUUCCCCGACGCCUACAUCCACCUGGGGGGGGACGAGGUGGACUUCAGCUGCUGGAAGUCCAACCCGGACAUUCAGAAGUUCAUGGAGCAGCAAGGCUUCGGAAAAGACUUCACCAAACUGGAAUCCUUCUAUAUCCAAAAACUCUUGGAUAUCGUGGCCACUACCCAGAAGGGCUACAUGAUCUGGCAGGAGGUCUUUGACAACGGUGUUAAGCUGAAACAAGACACACUUAUCCACGUUUGGAAAGGAAACAAGCAGCAGUACCAGAGUGAGAUGGCUAACAUUACAUCGUCAGGGUACCAGACCCUGCUGUCCACUCCCUGGUACCUGAACCGUAUCUCCUACGGCCAAGACUGGAAGGGCCAUUACCAGGCCGACCCGCAGGACUUCCAGGGAACUGAUGAACAAAAGAAGCUUGUGAUUGGUGGAGAAGCCUGUUUGUGGGGGGAGUAUGUGGACGCCACCAACCUCACACCCAGACUCUGGCCUCGGGCCAGUGCCGUCGCAGAGCGUCUGUGGAGCGCCAAGGAGGUGACGGACAUCAACGACGCCUUCAACAGACUGUCUGUGCACCGCUGCCGCAUGGUGGAGCGGGGGAUCCCUGCUGAGCCGCUGUUUUCCAGCUACUGUCCCCGAGAGUACAGAGGUGUCUGAACAGAAACUGAGACUUGCCAUGGGAACAGCAAUCAACAAUGUUUGUAUUUCAAGCUGAAGAAUCAUGCUGCCUUUUUAGAGAUCUCACUGUCCUUUAGCCGAGACACAUCAUGCUUCUUAAAUCUGCUCUACAGAACUCUUGAUCAUCACAUAAUGUCAUAAAUAUCUUGAAUUUAUGAUUGCACUCUUUGUUUUUUAUCAAUGUUUGUAUAAAUGAUUGUGAAUAAAAUGUUGACAUUUUAA